AGACUCGCACACAGACAGGAGAGACUGAGGGACUUCAGAAGGCAGAGGUGCUGGAGGGUCUAGAAAGCAGAAAUGUCAAGGAGGUGACAGAGAAGUGUAGAGGAAAGAACAGGGGGUAGGGGACAGGGAACACUGAGGCACAAAGGGACAAGGACCUGACAGAGAAGGAAAGAAACAGGAGAGGGACAGACACAGGAGAAGACAGAAACAAAAGACAGAAACACACGGGCAACUGGGAAUUGACUGGCAGAUCCCAGAUCCUAUGAAGAUGAUGGCCAGCGAUGGACAUCCUGGACCCCCUUCUGUCACUCCUGGGAGCCCUCUCAGUGCAGGUGGCAGAGAGUGGCAGGGCAUGGCAGGCUCCUGCUGGAAUAUCACCUACGUUCAAGACUCGGUAGGACCUGCCACCAGCACGCUGAUGUUCGUGGCUGGUGUAGUGGGCAACGGGCUGGCAUUGGGCAUCCUGGGUGCCCGACGGAGGUCACACCCAUCGGCCUUUGCGGUGUUGGUCACUGGGCUGGCGGUGACGGAUCUGCUGGGCACGUGCUUCUUGAGCCCUGCAGUGUUUGUGGCCUAUGCUCGAAACAGCUCUCUGCUGGGCCUGGCCCACGGUGGGACGAUGCUGUGUGACACUUUCGCCUUCGCCAUGACGUUCUUCGGCCUGGCCUCCACGCUCAUCCUCUUUGCCAUGGCUGUGGAGCGGUGCCUGGCACUCAGUCACCCCUACCUGUACGCCCAGCUGGACGGGCCGCGCUGCGCCCGCUUUGCCUUGCCUUCCAUCUACGCUUUCUGCUGCCUCUUCUGCUCACUGCCCCUGCUGGGCCUGGGCGAGCAUCAGCAGUAUUGCCCAGGGAGCUGGUGCUUCAUCCGCAUGCGUUCCGCCCAGCCUGGCGGCUGUGCCUUCUCCCUGGCCUACGCCAGUCUCAUGGCCCUGUUGGUGACCUCCAUCUUCUUCUGCAACGGCUCCGUCACUCUCAGCCUCUAUCACAUGUACCGCCAACAGAGACGCCACCAUGGCUCGUUUGUACCGACCUCUCGGGCACGAGAGGAUGAAGUUUACCACCUGAUUCUGCUGGCCCUCAUGACCGUCAUCAUGGCCGUGUGCUCCCUGCCUCUCAUGAUCCGAGGCUUCACUCAGGCCAUCGCCCCAGACAGCAGAGAGAUGGGGGACCUCCUCGCCUUCCGCUUCAACGCCUUCAACCCCAUCCUGGACCCCUGGGUCUUCAUCCUUUUCCGAAAGGCUGUCUUCCAACGCCUCAAGUUCUGGUUGUGUUGCCUGUGUGCCCGUUCUGUCCAUGGGGAUUUGCAGGCGCCCCUUUCCAGACCUGCAUCGGGGAGAAGAGACCCACCGGCUCCUACUUCUCUCCAGGCUAAGGAAGGGAGCUGGGUGCCCCUGUCGUCCUGGGGCACGGGACAGGUGGCACCAUUGACUGCUGUGCCUCUGACUGGUGGUGACGGCUGCUCUGUGGGAAUGCCAUCCAAGUCAGAGGCCAUCGCUGCCUGCUCCCUCUGCUGAUAUCUGAGCUGGUCCUGCAUGUCAUCCUAAGCCCGCUGUCACAGGACCAGAAGCCAGAAGAUCAGGGACUCAACUGACGGUAGCAGAAACCACAUAUUUGAUCCCCAGAGUCUGGGGGUGUCUGCUGCUGCUUCUCCUCCUUCGGUAUGGUGGCUAGAGGCCUUGGAAAGAGGGUGAGGGAUGCCGAAGGUUCUAUGGCUCUCAAGAAGGAUUCUCUCAAAAUAACCAGGGCCUGGGCAGGCUGCUCUGGCCCCUGGGCUCCUCCAUCCAUCUCUCUGUCUAAAUAUUUAGGGAGCAGAAAAAUUCCCAGAGGCUUCUGUGGACUCGAGUCUACUGGGGUUAGAGUGUCUGCUCUCCUCUUCCACUGAGGGGGCCCCUGGCUGCCCACCCCAGGUCCCCAGGGGACACAAGGCAUUCCAGCAACUUCUGCAGAAAUGUGUCUGCCUCCCCCAUUUCCCAUCCCCUAUCUGACUUGGAAAUCUUGAACCCCUAAGAGGAAGUGAGAAGAAAGGAGGGCCACUGCACUGCAGGUGACAUUGCUGGACACAUGCCUGGCACAGAAAUGGUCUGAGAAAUGCCACAGCUAUCUUGGGGAACUGCGCUGUGUGAACUUUGGAGGAGGGCACAGGGACAAGGCGGAGAUGGUGGUGAUGUAGCAUGCAGAGGCUCCAAAGGACUUCACAGGCAUGCUUCCUAGGAUGCAUGUCCCAAGCCUGUGCCCCCAUCCUGGAACAACUUACUGCCACCUUUCAGAACUGGACCACAACUCACCAUCUUUGGAAUCUCCACAAAAGUUUCCCUCAUUCAUUCAACAAACUCCCGGGGGACCCUGAAGUCAGCAGGCACUCACUCUUCCUCCCUCGGAUCAGGGUCGCAGAAAAGUCCCAGGCCUCCAAGCAAAGAAUCCUGGGUGCGUGGAAAUGAGCUGCCUGGCAUGAGGGGAAGUGAGUCAGCUGGAGGGCCGGGCUGCAUGCGGGAGGGCAAGCCAGUGCUCCUGCUGAUGUUUCUCCUGGUUCCUGUUUCUCAGCCACUCCGGUCAUUCGUCCUCCCACUCCAUCUGCUCGGCAGCAUAUUAGCAAAGCCUCUCCAGAGAAAGUGGAACCAGGGCCCAGAGAGGGCAAAGCCCAAGCUUGGACCACACAGCAGAACUUUCUCACGGCCUCUCUGUGCCUCAGUUUCCUCAGCUCUAAUCUGACAGGGGUGUCUUGAGGAGUAAAGGACUCUCUCCCAAAAGAACACUUUAACACAGGACCUGGAAGGAAGCCACAGAGGGUGUUACUGUUACUGCUGUCAAUAUUGUUAUCUGGGCAAACAUAGAAACAAAAAACUAGAAAAUAAGGCAAGGAUUUCUCCUGAGUUUUUUUUUUUCUCCCAAGUAAGUAUAUUUCCAUCACACUCAGAAAAAGCAAAGAGAAUCGGGAGAAGAGAAAACAGGCAGAGGUAAGCUGGGUGUGGAGGUGUGUGCCACAACGCCUCGGCCCUUCUUCAGGCAGGAGGUCAGAGUUCAAGGUCAUCCUCCACUACAUACAGGGUUCAAGGUCAGCCUGGGGUAUUUGAGACUCUCAAAACCAAAUGACAACAACAGAUAAAACCACAAAACAAACCAGUCUGAGUUGACCAGUCAGUCCUCAGGUACUGAAAGAUACUAUCUGAUGCCAGUUGCUGACUUUGUAAAUGAUCCAAAUACCACUGAAUGGAUAAUUUGCUGUGAAUGAUAAAUGGUUAAAAUGGUAAUUUUUAUUUACGGGUAUUUUACCACAAUAAAAAAAAUGUAAUAGUGAAAAAAUAA